AUGGCGAAUUUGGAAGCAACCUAUAAAGAUUCGACGGCUCAAAAUCACUCAACUCUUACAAAUUCAGGUGGUGGAGUGUGUAUGAUGAGAACCGCAUGGAGAGAUGAACAACACCCAUCUUUUAUCGAUUUUAUCUCUUCCUUCCUCAGUGCUAACUCUAUCCGUCUUAACUUCGUUCCAAUUGCCCCGGACUUUAUUUUCAAUUGUGGAGGCGUUUCCGUGGCAUUCAUAUUUCUCACGAACUUGGAUUCCAAAUACCUUUCACUAAUGUUCAGCAGAGUUCAGAAACUGAAGGGGCAAUUUGCAAAUCUCUAUGUUGUUAUCAUCCUCCCAACCAAGGAACAAAAUGAUUUGUUUGCUCGCUCUUACUUCAAAUAUGGGAUGGAGCUUGGUAAGCCAACCUUUGUGCCAGUACAAGACCUAGAGAUGGGCUUUGAGAAGAUUGUCAAGAUAGCUCACUCCCGUGGGGUAUGCAAACGACAGGAUGCCGUAACAAGAUUAAAAGUUGAGAAGAAACAUUCUGUGCAGCGGAUGGACUUAUUUCUGAAAGUGGUCACAUCCAUACCAGGCCUUGACAAUCAUGAUGCAAAUGCGCUUAAUCAAGCAAUUGGCUCGGUUGAAGCAAUUGCCAAGGCAUCGAAGGCGUACAUUCUGGAAAACACAGACCUUUCAGCUGACAAGGCAGAAAUAAUUUCUAGGUUUUUCAGGGAUCCGAAGUUUUACCUUAGCCCCAAGAUCAAUAGAUCAGAGAAACAGUUGAUUUAA